UUGAUCUGUUUUCAUUGUUCGCCGAGAGAGAGAUAGAGAAGAGAGAGAGAUGGAUGCGUUCUUCCAAUCCCGAUCUCAGUCCCAUGGCGGAUGGACUCGGAAUUCCUUCAAAAAUUUCGGUCAGAUCCCUUCGAAUGUUCAAAAUCAUAUGAUGCUGGUUUACUUGACGCUAUGUUGCGCGCUCGCGGCAUCAGCGGCUAGAGCUUAUCUCCACAUUUUGAUGAACAUUGGCGGAUUUUUGACGAUGAUGGGUUGCUUUGGUAGCAUCAUGUGUCUGCUUUCCAUGCCUCCAUAUGAAGAGAAGAAGAGGUUUGGGCUUCUGAUGGCCGCAUAUGCUUUCGAGGGGGCUUCCAUUGGCCCUUUGAUUGAGCUUGCCAUUGAGUUCGACUCCAGGUUGAUUAUGCUUGCACCCCUAAAGAGGUUCAACAACAUUUUCAGUCGUGUGGUACUGUUAACAGAGUCACCAUUCUCACUGACAGAAACGGUCAGCCUAGGGUUUUGCUUAUGUCGAAUUCUUGGAAGUUGAGGCAGUCCAAGAAGC